AAAGUCGUCGUUUUCUAGCCGCUGGGCAAACGAGGGCUGCAAGAUUCGGCCCCAUAUAUCGUGGGAAAGAAGUAAGAUUUUCUUUACCCCCCUCUUUAAAACAUGCGGUUCCCCACGCCCUAUUUUAAAGUAUUGGCGGUAAAGAGUGCAUGACGGGUAUUCGCUGCUCUGUACAGAGCAGAGGGCGUGAGGUUAUUUCAUGAAACUGGUGAAGUGUGACUUAGUGGUCGAACCAAGAUUCAAACUCAGGUCUCUUUACUACAAAUUCAGCGCUCUUUCUUACAUGGUUACUCUCUGGUUCCUGGAUCUGACUUUCAUUCUGGAGGCUUCCAGACAGCCACGAUUAGUGCCCAAACCUAACAGGAUGGCUUCAGAGGGAGCAUCUCCGUUGCCUGGACCGGAUAUGACCAUGAAACCUGGCACUGCCCUACCUUCUUUCACGGCGCUUCCCUUACCCCCACCUGCUCCAGGCCUGCCAGACCCAUCACCCUGGGAGCCGCCUCCGCAGCCCCCCAUGCCUUCAACAUUCUCUCCUGGCAACCCUCUGGUGCUCUCUGCUUUCCCCAACCCAUUGUUGGUGACAGGGGAUGGGGGUACAGGCCCCAGUGGGGCUGAUGCUGGCAAGGUCAUUAUCAAAGUCAAGACGGAAGGGGGGCCAACUGAAUCCUCUCAAGCUCAGAACUUUAUCCUUACUCAGACCACCCUCAACUGGAUUGCCUCAGGCGCUCCCUGCGGGGUCCCUCAGGGUCCUACCCCUCGACUUGUGACAGCCUCUAAUGUGAAGACUCUUCUAUCCACUAAGGCUGUUGGGGUGAGCCAGGAGGGCCUCCUAGGCUUUCCUCCUCAGGCUCCACCUCCAGCUGCCCAACUGGCUCCCACUGUGUCCCCGGAAAAAGCUUGGCCAGGGCCACCUGGAACAACCGGGGAAGGAGGUCCUGAGGCCACCCAACCCAAGCCCUCCCUGGGUGACCUCUCCUAUACCUCCAAGGGUGUUUAUGAGAACUUCCGUCGUUGGCAGCGCUACAAAGCUUUGGCCCGGAGGCACUUGUCUCAAAGUCCUGAUGCAGAAGCCCUUUCCUGCUUUCUUAUUCCAGUGCUUCGUUCCCUGGCCCGGCUGAAGCCCACCAUGACUCUGGAGGAGGGACUGCCAAGGGCUGUGCAGGAAUGGGAGCGAACCAGCAACUUCGACCGGAUGAUCUUUUAUGAGAUGGCAGAAAAGUUCAUGGAGUUUGAGGCGGAGGAGGAGAUGCAGAUUCAGAACACACAGUUGAUGAACAGGCCCCAGGGCCUGCCUCCUGCGGCCCCUCUGAAACGUGAUCCUCCAGGGCCCUCACCAGCUGAGCCUGGCCAGCAGCCAGUGUACAUUCCCAAGAAGGCAGCCUCUAAGGCACGGGCCCCACGCAGGCGUCAGCGCAAGACCCAGAGGCCUCCAGCAGCCCAGGCGCCCAAGGAGAUUCCACCAGAAGCUGUGAAAGAGUAUGCUGACAUCAUGGAAGGGCUGGCAGGGACUGACUCGGCCCCUGGGGAGGCAGAUGGAAGACAGGAAGAGGAAGAACGGCAGCAGGAGGAGGAAGGGAUAUAUCCAGAUCCAGAUCUCCUGAGCUACAUCGAUGAGCUGUGUUCUCAGGAGGUCUUUGUUUCCAAGGUGGAGGCUGUCAUUCACCCUCGAUUUCUGGCAGAUCUGCUGUCCCCAGAACAACAGAGGGACCCCUUAGCCUUAAUUGAGGAGCUGGAGCAAGAAGAAGGACUCAGUCUUGCCCAGCUGGUCCAGAAGCGGCUGCUGGCCUUGGAAGAGGAGGGGGAUGCAGAGGCACCUCCAAGUUGCAGCGGAGUCCAGUCAGACUCCAGUCCUUCUGUUUCUGAUGAGGAUGAAGAUGGGGGUGGGCGGCUUCGGCCCUCACCUGGGUCUCGGGGGGCCGGGGGCACUGUUCGCCUUGGAAAGUCUGCUUCUCCAGGAAAUCGGGCAAGAGAAGUGCAUGGUGAGCAGGAGCGGGCCCUAGAUGGUCUGAGGGGGAUGCGCAGUGAUGGGAAUGCUCUGCCAUCCCCCAGCAGCUGGGACCUGCAGCUAGAACUCGCAGUUCCACAGGGGACUCGGGGGCCCUUAGGAAUGGUGAGGAGAGGCUCUGGGAAGGUCACCAACCGGACAUCUCCACAGCAGGAUGAGCAACUGGGCCGUGCGGGGUCCCAUGAGCGCCCCCUGGUGGCUGAGAGGACCUCUAAGUCUGUGUCCCUUUGCUGGCAGGAAGGUCCCCCACCACUUGAGAUAAUUCCCCAUCUGGAUGUUGGACUCACAGAUCUGGCUCCUCUCCAAGGACAGGGGCUAGAGAAACAGGUGCUGGUGUUGCAGAGGGAACAGGUGGGAGGUCUUGAAGGGCUUCCACAGGGGGAGGAGCCAUCAGGGGCACCUCAGGAAGGCUCUUCAGGGGUCAUGUGGGGAGAUGAUAGAGGUCCUCCCAUAGUUCAGACUUAUGAUCAGAACCCUUCUGCUGGAGCAGCUGAGGCUGAGGACAGGGAUGGAACCUCUCUCAGUCCAGGAUUUUGGCUGAGAGGUGAGAUGGAUGCCAUAGGCUUGGAGUUGCCCUUGCAGAUCGAGGAGGUCAUAGACAAUUUCCAUGACAGGGUGUGUGUAGCUGAGCACCAGGGAGGCUGCCAGGCAUUGGGUUCCAGAAGCAACAUUUCUCUGGGUCCCGGAGAGACCACCACGCCUGGAGAUGGGGUCACUAGUGCAGUUCCCUGUGAAGGCCCAGAUGCCAUAGUAGCCCUAGAAAAGAGAAACUACUGCAGCUUGCCAGGACCCCUGAGGGCCAACAGCCCAGCUGUGAGGCCUAAAGAUAGCAAACGGAGCCCCGAAACCACAGAAGACCCCAGUGAUCUGUGGGCUGAAGUUUGCUCCCCAUUGCGGGAGAGCAGAAUUGAUGCCUCCACACUGGGGGCUUCCAAAGAAACCCUCCUGCCUGCAUGUCAGGGAAAUAUCUUCAUCCUGGGGACCCAGGAUGUCUCUGCUUUUCCUGAGGCCAGCCAAGAGGGGGGCAUUGGAGAUAAUUCUGUUCCCGCUCAACUGGAAAGCACAGACCACAUCAACACACCAGAUGUUAGAGAUGCCCGGAACCUCCAGCUAGGGGAAGGUGAAGAUAGCUGCCCAUCUAGUUUUAAUUCUUAUGACCCCCAAAGACAGGGCAAGGAUACAGGUUCAUCUAAGCCUAAAGACCCUGCUCUCGUAUCAGGAAAUCAAAAGUCUUGUGCACACGGGACCCCCAAGCCGACAUCUCACCAUAGCCUUGGGAGCACUUCCCCUAGAUGGGGAGCCAGGGGUGCCUUAGUCCCGAGAGAGACCUCUCCUGUUAAUGAAACAUGCAGUUCAGCAGAUGGGGCCAAAGCGAAGGGCAAGGAGGAAGAGGAGGAUGAGGAACUCUCCAACUUUGCUUACCUUUUGGCCUCUAAACUUAGCCUGUCUCCAAGGGGCUUUCCCCUCAGCCCUCGCCCCACCUCAGGCCUGCCUUCAACAGGUCAGGGUGUCCAGAAAGCAUCCCGUUCCCUCUCUGCUGAGGCAAGAGGCCUUGGCCAACCUCCAUAUCCCGUUGCCAAGUCUAGGAAGCGAGGCCUAGCUGAAGGUGCAUCUGCUGCUGAAAAGAGGCCCUACCCAGGAGUUGAAUUUGGGGUCUCCGGGGAGAAGCCCCUGACUCUGGGAGUGGGUCGACCCUCACAGCCUCGUAAAAGGCGGCGUGACAGUUUUGUCACAGGCAAGAGGAAGAAACGACGCCGCAGCCAGUAGGGAGCGCUGGGACAGUCUUGCCCCAGCUGCCCAUCCACCAGAAGGCCCCAGGGCAGGUUUCACCCCGACUACACCAAGAUUUGUUCUCAGCUGUUUUUUCGGUGGUUUUGCAAGUUGCGAGGGUGGGGCAGGAGGUCACACUGGCCAGACUGGAGGUGAUCCCCUUGGUGUGGGAGGUGAGGGGCAAGCACCUUUGGAAGGAGUGGGGAGGGAAAAUAAAGAUUUGUUGUUGGAAAUGCUUUCACUGUGCCUUUUU